AUGCACCAUCAGCAUGAGUCUGCUCCUCACCAGCACAAGUCCACAUACUAUCAGCAUGAAGAUCUCGUGUACUAUCAGCAUCAGAAUUUCGUGUACCAUCAGCAUGAGUCUGCUCCACACCAGGAUGAGUCUUCUUACUAUCAGCAUAAAGAUUUUUAUUUCAUGCAUCCUCAGCAGGAUUUCACAUACCAUCAGCAGGAAGACUAUAUGGAUGAUCCACAGAACAUUAUAUCUGACACUGGAUCCUUGACCAGAUAUGUUACUCCAUCAUAUGGAUUAUUGACACUCAGUUGGGUCGGUAAUGAUGAGAAAUUCCAGGCCCUUUCAGUUCUACCACCAGAUCUUGAACACUUAUGGCCAAUGUCAAUGGGAGAGAUCUCCAACUCCCAUGUGAUACAUACCACAGGACCUGCAAGGACAUCCAAAACACAUUGUCAUACAACUAGAUGCAUGCCUCUCACACCACUGUGUCUUGUCAUUCCUGCUGUGACACCCACAAUGAUGACAGUGACAGUAGUGGCAGAAUCCAUCAAAGAUUUCACCAUUAAGAUCAGUCCCAAGACACACAAAUAA